AGUAAGUUAGCUGAAGUCUAGUUCCUCUAAAAAUCAAAUGCCUAAAAUAAUAGCCAACGUGGGGUUACUUCUGCAUGGAAGUAAAUUAGCAAAAGUCACGCUCCUGGAAUUAUAAAGUUGCCUUGUAAUAGUUCAAAAUAUGUGCCCGUUCUUCAAAACAAGGAAAAGAGAUAUGGAGAAAAGCGAGUUUCUAACAAGUCUAGUUGUUCUAAUACUUCUGUUGCCAUAUGCAAAUGCAACCUUUUCAGCUCCUAAAGCUACAAAGCACUUUGUGCUAGUUCAUAAGGCAGCUCAUGGAGCCUGGUCUUGGUACAAGAUUAUAGCAUUGAUGAGAUCUUCAGGGCAAAAUGUCACAGCUCUUGACUUGGGUGCUUCUGGAAUCAACCCGAAACAAGCCCGUGAAAUCCCACAUUUUUCUGAUUACCUGAGUCCGCUAAUGGAGUUCAUGGCUUCACUUCCUGCAAAUGAAAAAGUGGUUCUUGUAGGCCAUGAACUUGGUGGCUUAGCCAUUUCUAAAGCAAUGGAGACCUUUCCAGAAAAGAUUUUAGUUGCUGUGUUUGUCACUGCUCUAAUGCCUGGUCCAAAUAUCAAUGUAACCACCGUCUACACUGAGUUACUCAAUGCAGUAUCUCAACUUGAUAACCGUCUUAUAUACGAUAAUGGACCUACGAAUCCUCCAACAACCCUCGUCAUCGGUCCGAAGUACUUGGCAACUAAUAUUUACCAGCGGAGCCCAAAUAAGGAUUUGGCGCUGGCCACUACACUAGUACGGGAAGUUCCUUAUUACAGUGCGGAAGAUGUUUCUAAAGAGAUAGUUCUUUCAAGAAAAAGGUAUGGAUCAGUUAGGCGAGCAUUCAUUGUUGCUACUGAAGAUAAAGUUUUGAAGAAGGAAUUUCAACAGUUGAUGAUUGAAAAGAAUCCACCUGAUGAAGUGGAAGUGAUCCAGGGCUCCGACACAAUGACCAUGAUGUCUAAGCCCCAUGAGCUUUCUACUACUCUUCUGAGCUUUGCCAAAAAGUAUAACUAAUAGUA